AGUAAAACGUGUUCUCAAAACUAAUCGUGUUUUAUUUAAAUAAUAAUAUUAAAGCUAACCUGAAACAUGGUGUCAGGUGUGAAUUAACAAGAAGAGUGAGUUUAAUAAAUAUAAAAUACAGAACUUUAGUUGAGAAUAAGAUUUUAAUAUGGAUUCAAGCGGAUUUAAACCGCCAUCAAGUCUUGUAUUUGAUCAAAACCUUCAUAAAAAUUAUGAGAAGUUUAAACAACAUUUCGAAAUUUACUUAAAAGCAACCGAAUUAAGUGGAAAGUCAGAUGAACGCAAAAUCGCUUUGUUUUUAAACUCCGCUGGUGAGGAGGCUAUAGAAGUAUUCAGCACAUUAAGUCUAUCAGAAGAUCAAAAAGGAAAUUACAAAGAAGUCAUAGCAGCUUUUGACAAUUAUUGUAAACCACGCAAUAAUGAAACGUUUGAUCGUUUCAAAUUUUUCUCAAGAAAUCAGACAGAGGGAGAAAGCAUGGAUCAUUUUAUAAAAGACUUGAAAUUAUUAGCUAAACCGUGCAAUUUUGGAACUCAAGAAGAUAGUCUUAUAAGAGAUAGAAUAAUUUUAGGGGUCCAAGAUCAUAAUUUGCAAGAAAAACUAUUGGGAAUAAAUAAUUUAAAUCUGGAAACUGCAGAAAGCACUUGUAGAACAACAGAAGCUACUAAGCUUCAAGCAAAAGAUUUAAACAAGGAAGAAGUGAAUUUAAUUCGAAGAAGAGGAUACAGUCAAGGUGACCCUAGUACUAGCGACAGUGGCAAUAAUAACGGAAGAGAGUACAGGUGCUUGAAAUGUGGCAGAAGACACACCAAAGGCAAGUGUUUUGCUUUCGGAAAAAACUACGCUAAGUGUGGACUGGAAGGACAUUUUGCUGUAGGAUGCAAAACAGAUACAAUAAAAAAGAUAACUUUAGUAACAGUAAGAUAAAUAAGAACAAAGGUAAAUAUUUUAACAGUCACAAUAGAAAUAUAAAUAGUAAUCAACAUGUAAAUCUUGUUGAUGAAAAUGAUUCGAGUGAUGAAGAUUUUGUUAUUAACAAUCUAACUGUAUUCAAUAUUUAUGAGAAUGAUAAUUCAGAAUUUGAAAAAAUAUGGAC